AUGGCUGAGCAACAGGAGGGCAAAAAGCGUGCAUGGGAGGCGGCAGAGCGCUGCAGCCAGAUGGCCAGCUCGAAGCGAGGCAGAUCGCAGGCAGUCGAGCUUGAUGGCCGAGCGGCGUGGAUUCCUCACGGCUGGACUCCGACCGUCACCAUUCGGGCGGCGGCGUCGACGGCACAGCAGAAAGCGCUAUCGGCAGAGGAUCAGCGGCGGUCCGUCCCGACCCAGCCAGUCGCGCCCAACUCCGCCGCCUGGGCUGCUGACCCCGACACGCUCUUCGAACGAUGUGAUGAGAUCCAAGCCCAGCAAAAGCAUCACGCCGCCCCCGACCUGCUGAUGCAUCCACCUCCUCCUCGACGUCAACGGUCAUUCCGCCACACGCUGCCGCACGUUGGCUGGCUCAAGGAUGGUUGGCAUCCUCUUCGGCUCGGACGCUUGACGGAUGGCUCGAUUCGGCCCUACGACCCUUCGUCCUGGUAG